AUGGCUUUUCGGAUUAUCUACGCAUUGUUUACAACUGCAUACUACAUCAGAUUCAUUGGUAUUGUGUUUUACCUGGUUCAAGUUUAUACGCUAGAAUCUGUUGUUCAGGAAUGUGACCGACAUGUUUUCACGUACAAGGUAACACUGAUUAACGGCGAUGUCAAAUGUGUACCAUGUACAAAGUGUCCGGCUGGGUUUGGUGUAGUGACAGAGUGUCGAGGUGAACAGGACACUCAAUGCGAGAUUUGCGCAGAAGGGACAUAUUCAGCGGGAACCAGCCUAACAUCGCCGUGCAAACCGUGCAAGACCUGUCCUUCUCACCUGGCUACCACGAGAAACUGCACCAGAACACAGAAUGUGAAAUGCGCAAGAGAAUGCGAUCACGCUUAUUUCAAAAAUAUCCUAACAGAUGAUUGUUCACCCUGUUCAUGGUGUUUUCCUAACAACCAUGAGGUAUCAACGCCCGUUAUACAAGAAUGUGUAAUUCAAGGGAUGCCAAGAAACUACCAAUGUAUGCCAAGUAAUGUUGGUGGCGAUGUGCCGACAUACGAGGAGUACAAGGCACAUAUUGAAUCUAAUUAUCAGCAUGAUUUGUAUGUUCAGAAACUCCAGAACAAAUCUGAACCUGCAAAAGUCACCGUAAUGUCUUCAAGUGAGCUCAGUGUAACUAUAAGUGACCCUGUCCACAGCAGCGUUUCAGUGGCCGUAGUUAUCAUACCAUGCUUUGCGGUGAUCGGUAUUAUUCUUGCUUGUAUCGCUUUGAUAAUAUACGUCUGUCGAUCUAAUAAUAAGGCAUUACACAGUUACGAUAAUAUUGGAGAGUGUUACACGUCUAAUAGUGAGAAUUGUGACGUAGAACGCCGUGAUGCCAAAUACCACAGUAAUCCCAUUGAACUAAGCACAUUCUUAGAAUAUUUACCUAUUAUACAAGAUUCCGUACCAGGCAGUGAUGUAGUGUCUUGUGGUGGAAAGCAUGCAGACACUAGACGAUUUAUUGAAAGUGAAUCACUUUAG